AAUAGGGAAACGGAUCAGGCGCGGGCGGGAAGGGGAAGAGGAUGGUUAGAGUGAAAGCGGUUUGUAUGCGGUUAGAUGUUCUUGAAAAGAGUGACACUUUCAAUAGGGCUACGACGCAGAUAAGCUGGGGUUGGUAGGAAGGAUCGUUGCCGAGGCGGCAUUUUUAUUCAUUGGAAAACCUGGGAUCAAAGAUGUUCCCACGGAGAAUGUAAUCAAAGCAGGGUAGAUGGCUAGAUGGUGUAGGUUGCGUUAGAUGAGAUUACAAGAUUAAUUACGGUGUGAGUACGUGUGAACGCAACGUGUGCUUGGUUGACGUGGAUAGUCCAGAGCGGGGUCCUUAUAUGGACGCACUAGUGCUGUCGAGGCUCGUAAAUGAACUCACCAUUGGAAGUCAGCAAGGUCUCUAUGCGCAGCGGCUGCAGGAGCAGCAGAGUUACAGUCAAGUUCCGGAUAUUGGAGAGUCGGCUAUUUCGGCCGCACCGUUCGCCCUGUUGACGUUGAACCAAACGCUGAGUCACUCCUUGGCGGGUGCAACAGCGCACGAAGGCUACGGUGGUACGGAUGUUGUCCUGAAUCCUGCGGUUGCGGCAGCUGCGGCUGUGACCAGUACCAGUACAACAACUGCCGGGUCGAUCAUCGCAUCUACACUAGCCGGCAAGGCACUUGAGCACGAACCGGAGAUCGACACAAUCCGGAAGGUGAUCAUAUGUAUCGUUCUACUAGCUGUGAUAUUCGGUACCAUCGUGGGCAAUAUUCUAGUCUGUGUGGCGGUCUGCCUGGUGCGGAAACUGCGCAGGCCAUGCAACUACCUUCUGGUUUCGCUAGCAGUGUCGGAUCUGUGCGUGGCCUGCCUGGUGAUGCCUCCGGCCUUGAUGUACGAAGUCCUCGGCGAGUGGAACUUCGGUAGAGUAUUCUGUGAUAUUUGGGUGUCGUUCGACGUGCUUUCGUGCACGGCUUCGAUCCUGAACCUGUGUGCGAUAUCCGUUGAUCGGUACUGGGCGAUCACGAAACCCCUGGAGUACGGCGUCAAACGAACUCCCCGCCGGAUGAUGCUCUGCGUAGCGCUCGUCUGGUUGGCAGCUGCCUGCAUAUCGCUGCCACCGCUUCUAAUCCUAGGCAAUAAGCACACGAUCGGCGAAGGUCCCGAACAGCGCCCCUUCUGUGCCGUUUGCGAAGACGUAGGUUAUCAAAUUUACGCCACCCUGGGGUCCUUCUACAUACCCCUGGCGGUGAUGCUUUUUGUAUACUAUCAGAUAUUCCGAGCCGCCCGGCGAAUAGUCAAGGACGAAAAGCGGGCCCAAACAAGACUGGAAAACUCCCUCGCAGUGGAUAAAAACCAAGCCAUGCUCAAACCCCCGGAACCGCUGCCAAGUUCCGUCGGGUCGCCCCACCAGAAGAAACUUCGCUUUCAGCUAGCCAAAGAACGCAAAGCUUCCACCACCUUGGGCAUCAUCAUGUCCGCCUUCACCAUCUGCUGGCUGCCCUUCUUCAUCCUGGCCCUGGUCCGGCCGCUCAUGGACGACGACUAUCCCACCCUCUCGUCCUUCUUCCUGUGGCUAGGCUACGCCAACUCCCUCCUAAACCCCAUCAUCUACGCCACCCUGAACCGGGACUUCCGGAAGCCCUUCCAGGAGAUCCUGUACUUCCGCUGCUCGAACCUGAACAUCCUGAUGCGCGAGGACUUCUACCACAGCCAGUACGGCGAACCGGGCUCGCAGCGCUUUGUCCUGGACAACGAAGGCCAGCACACGGCGCGAGAGAGCUUUCUCUGAAACAUUACCACGCUCGUGGCCCUGCCGGCCUUGACCGAUACAAUCAGUAGUGCACCGCCACCCCCCACGUGACCUGCACCAACGUUUGCGAUUGCGAGUUUCGAGUGCCCGUGCUGCGAGUGAAUGCGCCAUGUUCGUUGCCGUGUAGCGCGCGAUCCGGGUAGAUCAGUAUAGUAGUGUUAGUAGAUUGUUAGACGUCGUCGGAGCGAGGCUCAACUUUUAUUAGUACGUGUAUGUGUAGUGCGCUGAUCAAGUCAGCGAUCCCCCGCUGAUAUCGGUGGAGUAUUAUUAUCGUAGGAAGAGACACAAGCGAUACGUUUUCGUACCUACUCUGGGUGAAAGUUAUUAAAUUAAUAAUUUUCAGACCGGGUUGUAUUAUGUAUAAGGGAUAUGUUAUAGGAGGAUACGGUUGGUUGGUUGAGUUGGUGAUUCAAGAGAACUGGUCUUGUAGAAUACGGUUGUUAAUAGAUUAGUAACUAUAACUCUCAAAAGCAAACCUUGAUUUUUUUUAAAUUAUGUCCCUUAGUUGUAGACCAUUAUUCUAAAAUCAAUUUCUCGGUAUUUGUAUUUGCUUAGCGGUAGCAUCAUGAAGGGUAUCAGAAUCAACGUUGUCUAGAGACAUACUGUUAAGAAUUCUGUUAGGAAUUUCAAGAAGGUUCUCAGGAACUUUUUAGAUAUUGCUACUCAGAUUAUCGACAAACUUUUCACAAUGAUAGACAGGAAUACUUAAGGGGAAUUCGACAAGGCUUAUUGGUUUGUUUUGCUAACGUAAGAACUAGGUACACGACAUUCACAAGACGCGACACGCGAGACAAGACAUAACACUUAUCGUUCAAGGCAGUUAGAAAGGCUUCGCAUCUCAAUGCCUGGGAGUCUAUGCUCAUAUCAAACGAAACGAAGCCAUUGAUGAACGAA